AUGACUUCUCUUUUCUUCUUAGUUUUCCUUUUCUCGUCUCUUCUCACUCAAUAUGUUGAUGCCAGUCCAAAUUACGUAGACGCACUCUCCAAGUCAUUGCUCUUCUUCCAAGGUCAGCGAUCAGGCCCUCUCCCACCAGACCAAAAAAUCUCAUGGAGGGCUAGCUCCGGCCUUUCUGAUGGCUCCUCCGCCAAUGUGGACUUAACUGGUGGGUACUACGACGCAGGAGACAACGUCAAGUUCAACUUCCCAAUGGCAUUUACCACCACAAUGCUUUCAUGGAGCACACUUGAGUACGGUGACCAGAUGGGUCCUGAGCUCAAAAACGCACGUGUUAACAUCCGUUGGGCCACGGAUUAUCUGCUCAAAUGUGCUACAGCCACUCCCGGGAAGCUUUACGUCGGUGUAGGAGAUCCUAAUGCUGAUCAUAAAUGCUGGGAACGGCCUGAAGACAUGGACACACCUCGUACAGUCUACUCAGUAUCCUCUUCUAACCCCGGUUCUGAUGUAGCAGCUGAAACCGCAGCCGCUAUGGCUGCAGCUUCUAUGGUUUUCAGGGAAGUUGAUUCUGAAUACUCGAUUUUGCUGUUGUCAACAGCUAAGAAUGUGAUGCAGUUUGCUAUUCAGUACAUAGGAAACUACAGUGAUUCCCUUUCUUCUUCUGUCUGCCCUUUCUACUGCUCCUACUCUGGUUACAAGGAUGAGCUUAUGUGGGGUGCGGCGUGGCUGCUAAAAGCGACUAAUGAUCCUUAUUACAAAAACUACAUAGAAUCUUUAGGAGGUGGUGGUCAGCCUGACAGUUUCAACUGGGACAGCAAAUAUGCUGGCGCCUAUGUUCUUCUUUCACAGCGAGCAUUACUUAACAGAGACGGCAACUAUGAACUAUACAAGCAAGAAGCUGAGAGUUUCAUAUGCAAGAUCCUCCCAAACUCUCCCUCUUCAUCUACCCAUUACACUCAAGGAGGCUUGAUGUACAAGUCACCACAGAGCAACCUUCAACACGUUACCGCCAUAACAUUCUUGCUCACAACCUACGCCAAGUACAUGAAAGCCACACAACACACAUUCUACUGCGGAAACUCCGUCAACCCCGAGGCCUUGAUAACCUUAUCGAAGCAACAAGUAGAUUACAUACUCGGCGAGAAUCCAAAAAAGAUGUCGUACAUGGUUGGAUUCGGAUCCAAAUUCCCCAUGAGAAUCCACCACAGAGCAUCGUCUCUUCCUUCGAAAUCCUUAGGCUGCGGUGGCGGAUUCAAAUAUUACGAAACGCAAAACCCUAACCCUAAUAUUCUGACAGGAGCAAUAGUAGGAGGUCCAGAUCAGAACGAUAAGUAUCCGGAUAGGAGAGACGGUUACGGUCUCUCGGAACCUGCUACUUACAUCAACGCCGCAUUCGUUGGAACUUUGGCGUACUUCGCCUCAGGUGGAUCGGUUUGA